GUGCGCGAAGCGACCGCUCCCAGGUCGCCAAGGAGCACCAACACAGUUCAUUGCAGAACAAGCUGUGGAGUUCUCAGUGUUUCAACGCGUUGAGAAAAAAACGGACCGAUUGUAACACUCGUUUCGCUCUGUGAUUUGAAGUUUUCUGUGUCUUGUGCGUGCGCGUUUCGUCCUCUCGUUAUUUCGGUUGAAUCUCGUCCAAGGAGAGAGAGGGAGAAAGCAUCCAGCAAGAUUAUACGCCUUCGACGAGCGGAGGAGAAAGAAAAAAAAUGCAUUCACAAGCUAGUUUCGUGCGGACGGGACAGAGAAACGUGUGAAAGUUUUCGAGGUUUGGAAAAUGCCAUAGCACGGCAAUGCCUCCAACAUUACUUGCGCAGAAGACUGUUAUAAUGGCGGACGCUACCGGACUUGACGAUUUAUGUCGGUGAACGUUUCUUCGAUCGUCCUUCCCACGCGUUUGUUGCAGUUACUCUGUCGCUGGCUCGAACGACCGUUAAUGUCAUCAGAGAAAGUAAGGUUUUAGUUUCAGUUCUACAACCAACCGCAUAACUAAACACAUUUUCCCAACGGUCAUCACUUCUUGCACAGCAUUUAAAUUUAGUUAGUGCUUGGUUGAAAAUGUCCCCUUUGUAGAUGAGGCUGACAGCUACAGAACGUUAAAAAAAUUUUUGCGACUGUUGCGGUAACGUUCACAGGUUUUCUGAGUGUGUGCGUGUGUGUGAAAAGUUCUGGUUCUAAUUCUGGUGACGGAAGAAAUGUGUUCAGUGUGGCGGGCCUGAAUGAUAGGAAAACCUUCAGUCUACGAAAACUCGUUUGUGCUUUUUACUGUAAAAGCAGAUUCAGUUUUCAGGCUGUACUUUAUCACGUGACUGCUAUUAUUGUCUAAACGUUUGGCUGUGUUAAAAUUAUUGAAGUCAUCGCUACAAGUGCAGUUUUUUUUUGGAAUCGUCCUUGCUUUGGAGGAUUGGCCGCUAGAAAUUACAUGUGGCGCGCGCCGCUGGAAUGUGAGAUGCUCCCCGUGGCGCACUGUGCGGCGAGGAGCGCCUGGUAGCUGUCGACGCGUGUACCAGCUCCUCGACCGGGCACAUGGCCCACCAUGGCAGUGUCGCCCAGCAGACGGCCACGCCUCUCCCCCGGGUGCACCGGCCCCCCGCCGCCCCCGCCGCCCCCGCCGCCGCCGCCGCCCGCUCCGAGCCCGAGGUGGUGACGCUCGCCUCGCCGCGGCCGGACGGCGACAGGACCGUCAACGAGUAUGUGGAGACGCCGUUCCGGUCGUCGGAGGCGGCGGGGGCGGGGGCGGGGGCGGAGUCGCACCACCAGGCGCUGCACCUGCCCGUCGGCAAGGAGCGCGGCGUGGUGAGGAAGCAGCCGGGGGCGGCGACCACCUUCAAGAAGGAGCGCGCGGGGGCGGGAGCGGCGGCGGGCUCCAGAGGGGCGGAGUGCUACUCCGGCUCCAUCAUCUGCCCCGACUGCGGGCGCUGCCGCUGCGAGGCGUGCCGCCAGCCCAGGCCGCUGCCGUCGCGCUGGCUGUGCGACAACGCGUGCUUCUGCUCGGCCGAGGCGGCCGUGGACCACGCGUCGUGCGUGUGCUGCGUUAAGGCCUUGUUCUACCACUGCUCCAAGGACUACGAGCUGGAGCGGGACGGCGACGGCACGUCGUGCGCCGACAGCCCGUGCUCGUGCGCGCCGCACCGGCGCUGGGCGCGCUGGGGCUGUCUGGCGGCGCUGUCGGCGGCGCUGCCCUGCCUGUGGUGCUACUGGCCGCUGCGCGGGUGCCUGCACGUGUGCGAGCGCUGCUACGCGAGGUUCGGCAGCCAGGGCUGUCGCUGCGCCCCGCCCGCGCGUCAGGACCUCACCCCCGAGAAGCGCCUGCUCGACUCCAGCUCGGACUUCUAGCCUCGCGCGUCCCAGCGCGUCCCGGCGCAUCCCAGCCAGUCUUGCCCACUUGCAUUCGUUACGUGUGUAUUCACGACUGACACUUUUUUUUUUUUUUUUUUUUCGUGGCGAGACAUCUUCGCAGUUGGAUUUCUCGGUAGUAAAAAUUACUAACUGGGCGUGUCUCAGCCAGCGAGACUCUCAACCAAAGAGGCGUCGAGUCACGGGCAGCCCAGUGCCUCGAUAGCAGCCAAGAAACAGGCGACAUUAGCUAGAGUACGCAGGGGGCCUUGGGGUCAUUGAAUACGCCAAAUAUAUAUUUAAUUAUACCCAAAAAUUCCUGUAUACAUUCUGGAAAGUCAGGGAAGUUUAAAUUGGUCAGGAUCUGUUUGAACUAGUGAUAGUAUACGCUGGAUUGUCUUUAUUUCUUUCAAAAAAUUGCAAAGUAUGUAAAUUAUUUUUAAAAAAAAAAAUUUCAGGAAAAUUUGUAAUUUUGGUAAUGGGAAACCAUGGAAAAGUCAGGGAAAUCGUGUGUAAACAAAUGCACAGAAAUCAACUCGAACGUAGCUUGCCUUGCGCCCAUUCCCACCGACAACAUAAUAGUACAAGUAGAUAAUUUAAUCGUCGUCUUGGCUGGGAUGCGGUGUGCUGUACGUACUAGGCUACCAGUGCAAUCGGCCACCCCGCGUUUCGACAUACUAGAUCGUUCAAUGCUGCCACGUGAUUGGUUCUACAAUCCAUAGCAGCACCGCUGUGACUAGCUGUGGCAUUCGAGCCAUAUUUCACGCGUUUUUAAACUAAAAUGUUCCUGAAAUUUAAGUUACUGUGGUUUGUACCGCAGUUUUAUUUUCCUCGAUGCUUCCUCGAUAAAAUAGUCGAACACGUCAGUCGAUUGUCUGGUAGCUCGAACGAGCGUGAACGCGGACGUCGCGUCACGUCCUGGGCAUACUUAUGGAACACCGGCAUUUUAUCGGAGGAAUAAACGUUAAAGCCAUGGUGAUAAUAGGUUUUUUCGAUAGUUCGACUGUGAAGAUAAGUGCGGUGGUUGAGGUCCACAAAUAAAACUACUGCUCUCAGGUACCUGUACACAGAACAUGGAGACAGUGCUUAGUUUUGUACAUAUACUGGUCAUAUUUAUUAAUUUUGUACAUUGGCAUAGGCUACGUUGUAUCAAAGUUCCAAAAAAGAAACAUUAAUUUAUUUUCAUAUAUAUAUGUUAACGAAAAAGUGUUCAGAGAAAUCUAUGCUUAUUCUUUAUUUUUAAUUCCUCGUCAUUUUUUGUGACUCGACUGUGUGUGUUAACAUUUUAAUGGUGGCAUUGUCUGGUUAACAGUUGCACUACAGUCUUGGUAAUCUCAAUUUCCUACCAAGAAAUUAAUAGCUUUGAACCAUACUUAAAAACUAGUGCAGUAAAAUUCACUACAGUAGUAAUUACAAAUAAACUAAUCAUUUUAUACACUUAUCAUGUUACAUACGUUAAAUAAAUUAUGCAGUUGUCUUUUUCUUAUUGAUGUGCAUGUUGAUGUUUUGUGAAACUGUGUAGAGAGAAUGAGAAAAUUAUUUAUCAUAGGGAAAUUGUUUAAUGAAAUUUGCACAUUAAGUAACACCCAUUGUUGUGUUAUCCUGUUAAAUGUUAUAUGAAAUGCAGGUGUUUGAUUGUAAUAUCUAAUACAGGUAGAUUAUUCCAAAUUUUGUAAUAUGUAAGUACUAAACUUUAAAUACUUUUUUCAGCCACUGAAAAAAUAGUAAACUGUGCUUUGUAUUUUAAGCAAGUUAGUGUUAAUUCGAAUAUAUUUUCAGUAUCUUAAGACAUUAAAGAUGGCCGGCUUUUAUUACACAUGUUUAGUUUGAAUGGUUUAUUUAAUGAGUAUUGCAGGUAAUCGGAAAAAGACAUGUUUAAGAAAUUUGUACCUGAAGCUUACUUAAAAUUUGCCCUUUUGAGUUCACAUUCAGCCAGACAGCACUUAAAUGUGGUAAUGGUGUGUUGACAUCUUAGAAGUAUGAUACACUGUGUUGCAAAUGAAUGUUUGUAACAUAAACGUAUUUUUUUUAAUACGCACCUAUUAUUUAAUGCAUAAAACACUUAAUUUUACUCUCGAAAUUAAUAUUACUUUCAUGAAAAUGUCAGUGAUUUCGCUAGUCAUUUAGUCAUUUAAACAGUUCCUUAGGGAAACUGAUCACUCUAAUCUUGUGUUAAUACUAAGUGGAAUAGAAAAUGCAUUAAACAUGUUCAUUAACCUCAUUGUUUUUCAUUUAAUCAUGGUACCAGUGGUACAGUAGUUUGAAAUACUAAGCCAGCAUUCAGCAGCAAACAGCAUUCAAGGGCCUGAAUUCCUUAGACAAGAGGGAAGACGACUUAUUAGUUAUAAACGGAACCGAAGAAUAGCCUGUAGAAAAGAUACGUACUAUAGAAAAGAUUAGGGUCUUGAAAAUAAAAAUUAGGUCAAAUACCAUAACAUUUUACGUGUAACAAUGCAUUUUUUGACAUUCUAUUGUAAAAUUAGUGCUGUCUGUGUUGAACUGUUAUAAGUGUAAAGUUUUUUUUAAUGUUCCUGGUACAGCGAUUUGGUUCUUUGAAAUUUAAUGGUGUAUUAUUUGAAUCUCUAGCAGAUCGAUUACUGUACCAUUUUCAAUGUUGUAAUUUGUAUUUGUUCCUGUAAUCUUUAUGAAUAAAAUGAUGGAAGAUUUGAUAUUUCAGGAUGACUUUUCAAAUUCUGACGUGUUUCUAAAAUUAAAGUACUCGCAAUUUUGGCUCAAGGUUUUUUUUCUCCAUCAAACACUUGCAAAUGGAAUUAGCUUAUUUUGAUAUUAGGCGAAACAGCUUGAAUUUUCUUGACUCAAAUGUCGAAUGGUAUAUUUCCCGCCAGAAUUAACCUUAUUUUAUUGAUUAACUUGAACAUGCACAGGUUAAGUCAGUUCACAGUACUCUAAUGUGAUUACUGAUAAUCUUCAAUCCAGGUAUAUAUUAUAUAUAUAUAUAGGUAUAUAUUAUAUAUAUAUAUAGGUAUAUAUUAUAUAUAUAUAUAAUAUAUAUAUAUAUAUAAUUCAGAAACUUUACUAAAUUGGGAUUUUUGUUUUCAGCUGUUCGGGAAGUUACGAAAUAUGUUAUGAUGCCUGUAACUUGUAAGGUUCUAUGCGUUACUGGAAUUUAUGGAAGGAAUGCAAGUUAUUUUUUUUUGGAAAGCUGUAGUUGCCUUUGAGCCAAAGACUUAUCAGAAAUGAAAGAGGUAUUGUGUUACGAUAGGAAACUUUUAAAAUUAUCAGUUUGUUAUAAUUAAAAUAAAAGUAUUAUGUUUCUUGCUGUGCAUGGCAGUCAACUCCUCUUUCAGUGUGUUAUAUAAAUGUAUUUAUUAUACAGAAGUUACAUAUAACAUUUCAAAGUAUUUUCUGGCAUAAGUGUACAAGAUUCUAACUUAUAUAAAAAGUUUUUAUGUAUUGCGAUUGUUGCAAUGGAUAAAAUUUUAUUUAUUUUGUUUUUCCUUUUUAUCAUAAAUUUGUAAUAUAUGUGUAUAUCUAUGAAAGUAAUUCAUCUUCGCAUGUUAACUACAGAGAAGGGAGGUGAUUCAGACUUUUCCAGUAUUAUCUAGUCUUGGACUUACGUUGUUCGUAUAAAGUAAUUGUGUAACCAUUUUCAUUAAAUAGCGAAUGUUAAAUAAUGUAUCAUUUUGUAUAGGUAGCACAUUUUCCAAUGCUACAAAAAAUUGCUACAUUUUGUUUAAUGCAUAUAGUUAAUAUAAAAUGCAGCUUUGUAUAUUGUCUUGUAAAUAUUCAGAUGCAAUUGUAAUAACAAACUCAUAUGU